AUUCUGCCCGGUCCCGCUGUAUUGGAUGCUUUUGCGUGCAUUCUUCGGCCGCAGUUCGAUCAAGGCGGGCCCGUUGAAGCAGUAGUAGCAGGCGCAAGAGCAUUUACCUGUUGCUGCUCCACAGUACCCUAGGUGUCUCUCUGCAAGCUGGACUGCUUUCAUGUGUCCCUGCAACAGCUGCUGCCAUCCGCACCACAGAAUCUGAGGAGCUUAUUCUGGCUUCUACUGUACAAGGACCAAAACGCGCAUUGAAAGGCUGCUCCGGCUCCCUCGCGGUCGAUGACGUAAGGAGAUGGUGGUCCAGCGGCCUCAUCCACUUCUCUUCGUCGAUCUUAGUCAGGAUCUCCGUGCAAGCGAUCCCAACACUCGAAGAUUAGUAAGGGCGGCAGCGCAGCGAGAUGCCAGACGCCGGCAAAGAGAACGUGUGUCGGCAGCGACAUCAGGUGUUACGUCAUCUGUUUUGCCAGAACGUCUACGACUGCACGAGCCCAAGCCGAACACCACGGGUGCACCCGCAACGCCUCAUGCGCCGCAACUGCCACAACAUCGUGACGACCUCUGUGAUGAGGACGACGUCGACAGACAUGGAGACCUCGUAUUGUCUGCUGGCCAAUAUGGAGGCAAUCGCAACAAGCAUGCCACCGAUGCUUCUUCACGCCGUGCACUUCAACUGCAUCACAGACAAGCCCUCGUCAAGGCGGGACGUGUCCAUCGCAGUCCGUCAACAUGGGGACUCGAGACAAACGAUCCAUUCACGUCGCCGGCACAACUGGAACGGAUGUUCAGGAUGUGUAUGACUCAGCUGCAAUGGCUACGGCCUCACAUCGACAUGACGGCCUCUCAUGGCAUUAUUAGCAAAGCAUUCUACACGGUGCCGAAUGUAAUGAUCCUAUCAGGGAUCUGUCUUUGUGCCGUGGGCUACCUUGACUCGAUGGGCAUGCAAUCCGAUAAUGCCAUGCGCAAUGAUCUGCUCUUCAAGGGUCGUGUCCUGAGCGAAGUUCGGAAGCGACUAGAUCGGAGUGACAGGUUCCUUGAUGACACCACAAUCGAGGCAAUCUGCACUCUGAUCAGCUUCGAGCUCACACGACUCAGCCGCACUGCUACUCUUCAUCUGCGUGGUUUGCAGACCCUCGUGGCGAUGAAGGGCGGUGUGAGCGGGUUGAAACUACUGGGAUUGGACAUCAUGUUGGAAGGCUUGGAUCUGGUACAUGCUGUGCUCUUCGACGAGGUGCUUCUGCAUAUCGAUGCUACUGCGUUCGAAGACUACGGUCCGGCGCAUGAGGCUGCGAUACGUACCGGGACCUUGUUCACACCCUUAGCAGCAUUGUUCGUUGACGAACUGACGGCGCUUCAAGAUGAUGCACCGCCUGAGGAGCUGCCUGACAUGCGGGGCUUCUUUGCCGUCCUCUACAGUGCAACAGCAUGCUUGGCAAGUCUUCAACCGAACGGUUCCACUGACGCCCAGCUCGCCCGGCAAUUUACCGACAGCCUUGAAUCCUUUACGCAACCGAACAAUCAACUGGUCGGCGACGGAGAUGACAGCGGGAAUUCAUUAGCCACCGCCUUUGGUCUGGCAUUUCGCGUAUUCCAUGAUCUGGUAGUGAACCGCCGCUUAUUAAUGCAUGAGGACAAUGCAAAAUAUUCGAGCCAGCUUCGUUCAGCCAUCAUAUCCAUGAUGCAUCAGGCUAUCUGGAAGAAGGUAGCCUUCCUCCGCACGUGGAUCAUUGCGAUCGGCAUGGCAGCAAGUAGCGAUCCUAGCGUGAAAAGCUGGUUCGGUUCGUCAAUGGUCCAGUCGAACUACUUUUUCGGGGUUUCAAAAUGGACCACCAUCAAAACUGUGGUGCUUACAUUCCUCAAACUCCGAUCAACCCUGGAGCGUGCCAUUCUAGAUCCGCAGCAAACGACCAAGAGGAUCUCAUCGCCUUAUUUUUCCUCGAAAUUUGCGGCCUUGCCACACGCAAUAGCCACUAUCCAACCCUGGUCUGUCGCAAGCGAACAUAUCUCCGCUGCUUCCCGGCUGCAGGAGAUAGACGAGGACGAGGACGAGGAUGUCUCCGAUAGCUCAGAGAGCCGACCGUCCACCCUUGCAAGUACAACGUCUCCGUCGCCUUCGCCACCGAACAUGUCCUAUCCUCUGAAGCGGGUUCUGCUUGACCAUGAGAUGCGUGCCCUGGACGGGAAUUUCCACAAGGUCAUGUUCGAAGGGGAUUUCUGGUUCACGGAUCAAGAUGAUCCCGUUUCUACUACUGCCAGCGAUGCGAGCACAUCCAGCUUCCCCGCGUCACCUCCGAUGUGAAUGCUCCGCUUGCACCACUAAUCCGUCUAUUCUUUCUCUGUAUCUUUCAUGCCUUUGAUACCUCGUUUUGCGAAUGAUUGAAAUACACACAGCUGUCAAUUUUGAUAUCAAUUGUUUUGAUCAAUUGUGUUUAUCUCGUAUUUCUACCUACAGC